AUGUUUGUCCAAAGAGCUAUGCGCCAGGCCACCAAGGCCCAGACCAUCUUGGGUGCCUCCCCCUCAAAGUACACCGCCAAGGUCCUCUCAUCCUCGCGCCUCUACAGCACUCCCGCCCUUGCCCCCCUCGACGCCUCCAAGCUCGAGAUCAACGAGUCCAAGAACCACAAGGCCCUCCAGGAGAACUCGCAGUUGGUCUUCGGCAAGACCUUCACCGAUAACAUGCUCACCAUCGAGUGGGAGGCCGGAAAAGGUUGGGGUACCCCCCAGAUCAAGGAGUACGGAAAGCUCCAGUUGGACCCCUCCGCUGUCGUUUUCCAUUAUGCCUUUGAGUGCUUCGAGGGUAUGAAGGCGUACAAGGAUAAGGAUGGAAAGACCCGUCUCUUCCGUCCCGAUAUGAACAUGAAGCGUUUCAACCGCUCUGCCCAGCGCAUUGCCCUUCCCAGCUUUGAGGAUGGGGAGCUCACCAAGUUGAUCAGCGAGUUCUUGAAGGUUGACGACCGCUGGAUCCCCAAGGGUCGCGGCUACUCUCUCUACCUUCGCCCCACCAUGAUCGGCACCCAAGAGUCCCUCGGAGUCGGCGCCUCAAACAAGGCCUUGAUCUUUGUCAUUGCCUCGCCCGUCGGCCCUUACUUCCCCUCGGGCUUUGCUGCCGUCAACCUGUUGGCGACCUCGGAUAAGGUCCGUGCCUGGCCCGGUGGAACUGGUGAUGCCAAGGUCGGAGGAAACUAUGCCCCCUGCAUCAGACCCCAGUUGGAUGCCAACAAGGAGGGCUACCAGCAGAACUUGUGGUUGUUUGGAUCUGACCAUCAGGUCACCGAGGUUGGCACCAUGAACUGCUUCGUCUUCUGGAAGAACGAGAAGGGAGGCAAGUAUCUCAUUGUUAUUAUAUUUUUAUGA